AUGAGUUUUAUUGGACAUGUCAAGCAGAGUAUCGCAAAAGCAAUUCAGUUUGCUUCGGAUAACACGGUGUUCAGUGAACUGCCGGAGUGUUCGUCGCUUCACUGUGCUCAGACGUUGUCCAUCAAAGCUGUUGAUUCAUUGGAAAUGUAUGUUGCUAUAAAAGAACUAAGCUUGUCUGUUUUCAUUGCUAUUAAUAAUAAGAAAUUUGUAGAAAAAAAAAAGCAAGUUUUUAGUGCUCGCGCACAGGAACGAUUCCUGAGUAAAGGUGAAACUUAUGUACGUAUUAAAUUUCUGAUACGUAAUGAACGACUGGCAAAAAGUACCAUAAUGAACGCUGAAUUAAUAUCGGGACGAGGUUUUGUGGUCAAAACAACUGAUGACUCAAGUGUAAUGGACGUACGACUUUCUAACAAAGGUUCUUCUGGUUGGUUUGGAAAGAUAAUUCAUCCCUCACAAGCUACCAUUUAUAAGGUUCUACCAACUCCAGGAUCUCGGUUUGCAGUUUAUAAAACAGGCAGAGAGCGUCCAGUUCUGCUUGUUGAGAAGGUAAUCCUUAUGGCAUUUUUUCAAGUGAUUCUGAUGACAGUGAUUGAAAGUGGCCAGUGA